AUGAUGAUGAUGUAUGAACCAGCCCAUCAAUCAUCAUCACACUCGUACGAGGCGAAGAUCAUAAUCAAUUACCGGCGGGGGGAUCAGAAACAGGCGAACAAGCAUAGAUCCAUCAAGGAGUACUUUACCUGUGUCUCCAGCCCCUCGCAAAAAAACGAAGGGAAAAAAAAACCUGUGCCUUGCUCCUCUGGUGCUGUGAUGCGGACGGCAUGUUGA